AUGCCAGGGUUGGAAGAAGCAGCAAAUAUUGUCGCCGAUGGAGUGACACUCGGACUCGAAGAAUAUCCAACGACGAUUCGUAGAGUGGAGAGUACCCAAGUUUCGCAAAUCAUCAAAAUUUCUGGAAUCAUUGUGGCUUCGAGUCAAGUGCGUGCCAAAGCGACAAAAUUGACUCUUCAAUAUCAAAUCCGGAUUUUAUGGUUACGCUUUGCCUCGCCAAUGUGGAGCUCCUCAAACUGGCCAAAUGCAACGUUGUCCGAUUGGUCCCUAUGCGAUAAAUGUAUUUGCGUCGACUACCAAACAUUGAAGCUUCAGAAAAAUUCUCAAGAUAUUUCACACGGUGAAAUGCCCCGUCAUCUUCCACUCUACGUCGAUCGUUACCUCACGGAUAAAGGGCCGCCGAAUUGGCAUCCGAAGGCAGAGUUCUGUUUGUGUUAUUGUGGAUUUUUGGAAGACGAAGAAAAGAGUUUCCACGCAUUCUCGCAGAUGAUUGGAUGGGAAGAGGGAUUCAGAGACCCAAAAUUG